AUGGAAUGCUGAAAGCAAGGAUGCAAAAAUAAAGUCAAAGUCUGCUGCCAAUGUGUAGAUCCUGCUAGAUACUCUUGCAGAGUCCAUAUAUACGAACAUACUCAAGAUGAUUCUAUUGAAGAGCAUAGACUUAAACCCUUGAAAUUAAAAAUAAACCAAAAAAAUAAGGAAGCCUUAGUUGAAGAGCUGCAAAAGCUAUCAAAAGAAUUGGUUGAUAUAAAAGAAAACUUAAUCAAAGAAGCAUACAGGAAAAUACAAGAAUUAGAGUUUUCACUUAUUGAGGCACUAGAACGUAUUGAAAAAAUAAGGCUAAAUCAAGUUGAUUUAAUAAGUAAGAUUCACUCAAUAAAAAAAAUACCAAAAAUAAAUCAAAAUCCAUUUGAAAAGUUAUUAAGCUUAGAUCCAGAUAGUGCAAGAAAAAUGUUAAAUGAGUUUGGGUGCAGUUUUAAUUGUCCGAAUUUUGGAUUCAACAAAAAAGACAGGAUUGAUACAGUUGAAAACAAUGAAAUUGUAUAUUUCUUUAUCUAUGUUUUUAUUUUUAUGGCAUAAUCGAGGAAAUUUGCAUUCGCAAAAGAGUGGUUUGUUUUAAAAGCAGAAAGCUGAAAUCUUUAAAACAAUGAUUAAAUAUAUUAAUGAGACAUAUUUUUUGGGACUAAGACAAAAAGCGCAUUUAGAGUAAAUUUGAAUGAUUUUUCAAAGUCUGAGAAAAAGGUAGACAUUCUUCAAAGCAUUAUACUCAAUCCUAUUUUUAUUUCUAUGUGUCUUCUUCCUGAUAAAUCUAUAUUUUGCUAUGGUAGUUAUAUAUACAUUAAAAUGGUGGUACGUGUCAACCUUCCCUCUUGACGCAGUAGUCCAGAACUUAUGGCUACGACGGACUGGGCCGACUCCGAGCCGAGAAUCAAGUAGGCUUAAGUGGUGUGUAUCCGAUAGGUUUUGGCUGCUUUCCUGUUGUUGGAAAUGGAGGUGCUCAACAACUUCCUUUGCAUCCGAGGAUCCAUAGGCAUUCCUCCACCGAGAAACUGGGAGUUUCUGCUCAGGACACAGGGGAACAGUCUUUUUCCUGUAGCUGUCGAAAAAAGGCACUUCGGCACCCGAUAUACUCAAAAGAUCCUUAAAAUCAAACUACUCCAAUCGCCGUAGCAGGGCGGCAGAAAUUCAUAAGCUGCACUCAAGACUGAGCGGCAAGGAGAUAGAAGCUACGGAAGGGCACUCGUAAGAGGGCUAGACCCUCUGGGAUAGAGUCGAAAAGCGGUAGAACCAUUUCGUAUCAGAGGUAUUAAGUGACUGCGUCAUCAAACGGCUAACGCCUGGCUUUUAAUAAUCCUAAUCCUAAUGCUAUGGUAAUUUUCCUCCUUCCGAAACAGCAUUUAUAUUAUACCCAAAUAGCACUAUUAAACAACUUUCAGAUUGAGAUCCAUCAUCAGGCAUGGGUGCUGUGUAUCAUGAUGGCUUUAUUUUCUUAUUUGGAGGAUUUGAUGAUUUUGGUGUAUGCAAUAAAGCAGCAAAAUAUGAGCUAUCAACUGAUAAGUGAUAUCAUCUGAAGAACAAUUUGCUACACGGUUUUGGCAUAUUAAGAAAUUUUGCCACAUUGAGUCAAAUACUUAUAGUUCUGAGAUUAUUAAGAUCUUUUAAUUAG